ACUGGGGGGCAGUGUUGCGCACACAAGCGAUUAAACUACCCAAAUAAAAGAGAAGAAGGUCUGGGGUAAGAAAACGAAAAGAAGGACAAGAGGAGAAAGUGCAACUGUACAGGUUAAAUUGAUUAGCAUUUGGGAAAGAAGUGAUAGUGGACCAUGCUGAGGGCUUGUCUGAGAGGAGCUAAUGCCACAGCCCGGAAGAACUGUGGGAGAACCCCUCUAACCAAUUUGCAACACUGCCGGCACUACACGUCAGGAGAGCCCAGUGGUGCCGUUAAAGUGGUUGCUACUGGCUUGUUGACGGUAGGCGGUGGCAUUGGAGGUACAAUACUCUACGCUAAAUGGGACCACAAGUUCAGAGCUACCGUGGAGAGCAAUGUUCCAUACUCAGACUGGCUGCUGGGUCUGGCUUUGGGACCUGCUCCUCAAGAUGGCGGCCUCAAGAAACAGGUGGACAGAGCCCAGCCUCCCUCUAUGAUGGAGAAACCACUGAAGGCGUCCAAAGCUAAGUCAGAGAAAAUGGUGAAAGAGGCAGCAGAGAGUCCAGCCAAAGAGACAAGUCCUGUCCCAACACAGCCUGCACAGACCAUAGAGGAGGCUUCAGCAGAGGCUACUCACAUCAUCUCAGCCAUGAGUGAGGUGUCAACAGUCCCUGCUCCAUGUGACACGGAGGUAGCAGCCGUCAAAGAGGAGUGCAAAGAGUGCCAUCACCAUGAGGAUACUCCAGUGACAGCAGCUAUUCACCCUGACACAGAGUCACCCGCGGCAACAGAACCACUCAAAGAGCGAUCGGUAGAGGAAGUGGCAGCUAGACUGGCUCAACAAGACCAGGAGGAGCUGGACACCCUAGCAUCUGUAUCAGCCAGUCUUGAAGACUCACUGGCCAGCUCGGCUAAAGCGACUCUACAGGCCAUUGGAGCUCAGGAGGCAGCCCUGCAGGCUAUCACACGACACACGCUCAAACUGAAGGAGGCUAUGGAAGCAGAGGUCCCACCUGAGGAGAAGUCAGCCCAGUGGAAGGAACUAGAAGCUGCUCUAGCUGAUAGAACCAGCGCUGUGAAUGAUGCUGGAACUGCUCUGUCCAAUGCCAAUGAAGCCUUGGACAGUCUCAAGGCAAAGAUUGACAAGUCUAAAGGUCUGAAGGUCGUUGCUGUUCGCCCACUGGUUUUAGCAGCAGAGGAGAAUCUCCAUAACAUGGUGGUGGACUUGGACAAAGUGGUCACUAAGGUGCAGUCUGCAGAGUCAGAGGCUAAGAUUGUCUCCCAGUACAGUGAACUGGUUAAUGAAGCCAAACAACAGUUCCAGAGGGAAGUUAGCAGCCUAACUCCAGAGAUCCAGGCCAACUGGAAGGGGCUCACUGGUAAACUGUCAGCAGAUGACCUUAACGCCCUGAUCGCCCACGCCCACCGUCGCAUUGACCAGCUGAACCGAGAGCUGGCUGAGCAGAGAGUCAGAGAGCAAAUUCACAUUGAUGCGUCGCUGGAGCAGCAGAAACUGGAGGAUCAGAAAGCCCUGGAGAAAGCUGUCAGCACGGCUGUGCAGCAUAUCAAGGAGGAGGCCCGGCUGGAGAAGGAGAAGAAGCUAUCUGAAUUAAGGGAAGUGAUGGAGGCAGAGAUGAGGACGCAGCUGAGGCGUCAGGCGGCUGCUCACACAGACCAUGUCCAAGAUGUCCUCAAAGUCCAGGAGCAGGAGCUGAGAGCUGAUGCUGAGCAGGUCCUAAACAGUAAGAUGCUGGAACAGGAGACCCGCUUCCGUCAGCUGAGCCAGGAACAGCUGGAUAACUUCACUCUGGAUAUGAACAGCGCCUACGCAAGGGUGAAGGGGAUGGAGGAGGCCAUAGACAGCCAUGUGAUAGCAGAGGAGGAGGCUCGUAAAGCUCACCAGCUCUGGCUCUCUGUGGAGGCCCUCAACUACACCUUCAAGACUGCUGGCGCCGAUUGCCCCACCGUGCCUCUAGAGGGCGCCGCUAAGGCCGUGCGAGACAGCUGCCACGACAAUGACUUUGCCUUGGCUCUGGCGUCGGCUCUUCCAGAAGAAUCCCUGCAGCGUGGAGUGUACAGUGAGGCCUCUCUCCGUGCCCGCUUCAACUCAAUACGAUCGCUGGUUCGCAGGGUCGCCCUCAUCGACGAAACUCACAACUCCUUGUACCAGUAUUUCCUGUCUUACGUCCAAGCUGCACUGCUCUUUGAAAGCAAACAGGAAGCCCCACCCGCCCAGCUGGGCAGUGAGGAUUUAGACCCAUUCAAGCUUCUGUCAUAUGCUAGCUACUGCUUAGAGCAUGGGGACCUGGAGUUAGCAGCUAAACUAGUGAACCAGUUAAGAGGAGAGGCCAGGAGAGUGGUGGAGGACUGGCUGACAGAAGCCCGACUCACACUUGAAACAAGGCAGGUGGUCAGUUUGCUGUCUGCUUACGCAAAUGCAGUGGGGUUAGGAACCACCCAGGCUCCGUAGGAUGCCACUCUUAUUUAACCUGGCACCCCUUAAAGGAACAGUUCACUGAAAAUCUCUCUUUGAGUAUCACAUGGCUCACUGUCGCUGGAGAGGUAGCUAGGUGUAGGUGGUAGAUUCAUCUUUCACAGCAGCUGUGGUCAGCUUAGAGUCACUCCACCAAGGGGGCAGUGUUUGAUAGCCCGACCGAUACUGGAUUUUUGGGGUUAUACCAAGAGUAAAAAAAUCAAAUACUGAUAAAUCGGCCAAUAUAUAUAUAUAUAUAUAUAUAUAUAUAUAUAUAUAUAUAUAUAUAUAUAUAUAUAUAUACACAUAUAUACAUAUAUAUAUAUUAUGUUAUGCAAUUUUCCUUUAAUUAUGGUUCACACACACGUGUGACAAAGAUAUGUAAUGGGGUCCGCCUAUUUAUAUACAGUUUAAGAUACAGAUACAGUUUAACAAUAAACUUUACUGUUAAUAAUGACAUUAGUGUGCUGAAACUGUAAACUUUUAUUGGGAAUUUGAUCGUUAAUUACCCCAAAUGUCUUUUUCUGCAUUAUCAAACUUUUCAUAUCGGACAACAUACAAGCUGAUACUGAUAUAUCUGUGAUAGACUUUAUCAGCCGACAGAUGUAUCAGUCGGGCUCUAGUGUUUGAUACUCAGAAGAGAUUUUUAGUGGCAUAUUCCUUUAAGUUGACUGAAGUUAAUCAAGUCAUUGAUGUUAAGAUGCAACACAAGUUUAUUUGUUUUAAAGCACUAAGUCACUGUGGAGGAUUAUUUGUAAAAUAUAAUUGAUGCACCCUCUUAAUGUAGUCUUGUCAAUCCAGGUCCACAGGUUUGGUUCAGGUAUUUAUUUCUGGCUAACCCCCCUCCUCCUCCCCAAAGUGUUAUGGAACAUGAGUCCUAACACUCAUUAAAGAAUAUGUCAUGCUGCAUUUUAUUUUUGUCAAUACUGCACAUGUUCCAAUAAAUCAUAAACAAUA